AGGCCUGUUAAAAAGGGGUCAAAUGCCUCUUCUACUUCCGGCAACCUUGGAAAUACUAGAUCCUCAACAUUACCAAAAGUAUGACCGUUUAAGAGCUGGUCCCAUGAUUGCUGGAGACAGUAGAUUUCAAUAUGAUGAUCAUUCUUCUCUUUCAUCUAGAUCCAGGAUUUCCAGAAUACCCAGUUCAAGAAUACCCAGUUCAGCUACUAGAAGUAUGAGGACCUUACGAAGGAGUCAAUCAUUCUCAGAUCUGCAACAUCCAAGCCUUCAAUAUUCACAGUUGUCUUCCAUUUCUGAGUUUAACAUUACUAAUACAGCACCAAGGAAAUCUAAUAAGCCAGCUGUACCUCAAAGUGAGCCAACUCUAUCACAGACCAGGAAAUCUCUACGCCGAAGUCGGAGUGUUAUCACUCACAGAAGUAGCCUUGUCAGGUUUAGCCGGUCAACAGGACCUGAACACAGAAUUAUGCCAAUUGUUUGAGUUUUUUGUAUGUUAACUGCCUGAAUUCUGUAGGACUACUCCAUAGAAAUCGUACUUGGUUAGUCAGAUAGAUGUUUAUGUCAAGCUAGCGUGAUUGG